AUGAGGAUCCUUCCUGGCUGCUUUCAUUUCUGCUACAUUCCUUUCUUACUCAGUGGGGCACAUGGAGUCCUAAUGUGGAGAACACCUCCAGUCUUCCCGGUUUAUAACUACUCCUAUUCAAAUCUCUCCUCUGUCUCAGAAGCACGAGCUCCAAAAACAGCAAGAGCUCUCAAUUUCUCACACAAUGUCAUUGAAAAAAUUACCAAGGGAGACUUGGAAGGGUUUGAUUGGCUGGAAGUUCUGGACUUUUCCUACAAUAGGAUCAGAGCUGUUGAGCCUGAAGCAUUCCAGAGUCUGCUCAGCCUGGUUUCUGUGGAUUUAUCAUUUAAUGAUGAGAAGCUGCUUCUGUCAGAUCUCCCACCCCACCUGAAGCUCUCACCUGCUGGCAAAGCUCCGAGGUCUUUUCAGCUUUCCAGGAAUUCUGGCAGAUCCUCAGGGGCUGCUCUGGAGCCUUCUGCUCCUGCAGAGGAGCUCCCCAGGCUCAGGAGAAGCCCAGGGAAUCUUCUUAGGAAGGGAGAGAGGAACACAACAGCCCUUCCCACAGCCACAGCUGAGCCCACCCUCUGUGGAACUCCCAUCAACGGGACACUCAACCUGUCCCACAGCAACCUCACCCAGGACGAGCUGAUGUUAAAACUGGAUGAGAAUCUCUGCAAAGCCCAGCUGGACAGGAUUUUGGACCUUGACAUCAGUCACAACAAUGUGGAAAUGGAUCUUCUGUCUCUGUUUUCCCUGUUCUUCUACAUGGAAAACACGCUGUCCAUCGAUGCCAGCUUCAACAAGUUAACCAUUAACAUCCUGGAUCCUCGGUCCUUCUGUGAGUUCCCAUCCCAUCGGCUUUUGUUCCUAAACAUCAGCAACAACCCCAUCAACAGCCUGGAUACGCUGUGCCUCCCUUCCAGCAUCAAGGAAAUUGAUUUGUCCUUCACCAACAUCAGCCAAAUACCCCUGAAUUUUGCUCAAAAAUUGUUUAACUUGGAAAAAAUGUAUGUCCAAGGAAACCACUUCAUCUACACAGUGUUCUCAGAAAGUGGGAAUACACUUCCAAUGUGUGUCCCUCCCCCUGGAACUAUAAACAUCAACGCCCUCUCCUUUGUCAGGAAGGAGGCUGGGACACCCAUUGAAAGCCUUCCAGGGAAAGUGAAACACCUGGGAAUGUCCAACUGCUCCAUUGUGGAGCUGCCAGAGUGGUUUGCUGACACAGUGGAAGAACUGUUAUUUCUGGACCUCAGCAGUAACCACAUUUCUGAACUUCCCAAUUUCCCCCCCUCCCUGCAGCAUCUCGACAUCAGCAACAAUGACAUCAGAGUCAUCUCCCCCACUCUGAAAUCCCUCUCCAACUUAACAAUAUUUAGGAUUCAAAAUAACAAAAUUAUGGGUAUGCCCACGGAGUUUUUUCCACCAGCCUUAAAAAAAUGUGAUCUUAGUAAAAACAAGCUGAAGGUGUUGUCCUUAACUUCUGCCCUGGAGAAGCUGGAACACCUCAAUGUUUCUGGGAACCUGAUCAGGCGUCUGGAGCCUGCUGGCCACCUUCCUGCACUGACCAGCCUGGACAGCAGCCACAACCUGAUCCCAGAACUGCCCGAUGGCUUCGAGGCAUCCCUCCCAGGGCUGAAGUACUUCAACCUAUCAGGGAAUAAGAUCUCCUUUCUGCAGCGUGGCUCUCUCCCAGCUUCUCUGGUCGAGCUGGACAUCAGUGACAACGCCAUCACGACCAUUGUGGAGGCCACCUUCGGCCCGCUGACGAGCCUCAGGCUUCUGUCUGUCCAAGGGGAGCAUUAUUUCUGUACCUGUGACCUGUACUGGUUUGUGAAUGUCUACCUCCAUGAGCCCCAGCUGGAGAUCAGGGGCAGGGGGGCCAUGAGGUGCAGCUUCCCCCCGGAGCGCCGGGGCUCCGCGGUGGGCAGCAGCCGCCUGACGCUGCUGCGCUGCUCCUUGGGUGUCCAGCUGGCCGUGACUGCUGGCGCUGCCAGCCUGGCCAUGCUGGCCCUCACCCUGCUCUGCUGGAGACUGGACGGGCCCUGGUACAUCAGGAUGGGCUGGUACUGGUGCAUGGCCAAGAGGAAGCAGUAUGAGAAGAGGCCAGAGAACAAACUCUUUGACGCCUUCAUCUCAUACAGCGAGCACGACGCUGACUGGACCAAAGAGACCCUGCUGAAAAAGCUGGAAAAUGACGGGUUCAGGAUAUGUUACCAUGAGAGGGAUUUCAAGCCGGGGCAUCCUGUGCUUGGGAACAUUUUUUACUGCAUAGAGAACAGCCAUAAAGUGCUUUUUGUUCUCUCUCCCAGCUUUGUGAACAGCUGCUGGUGCCAGUACGAGCUGUAUUUUGCCGAACACCGGGUCCUGAACGAAAACCUGGAUUCCCUCAUCAUGAUCGUGCUGGAAGAUCUCCCACCCCACAGCGUCCCACAGAAAUUCAGCAAACUCAGGAAACUGCUGAGAAGGAAAACUUACUUGAAGUGGAGCCCUGAGGAACACAAGCAGAAAAUGUUCUGGCAUCAGCUAAAAGCUGUGCUAAAAACAACCAACGAGCCGCUCGUGAGAGCAGAGAAUGGAUCUGCUCUGGAAAUGCAGGAGCUGGAAUGAGACCCAGGGAACUCUGAGGGCUGUGUCUGGAAAGCCUGUGGUCAGAUAAAAGCAUUUACCUCCUGCAAAGGCUGCUGUGAUGCCCAGGGGUUUGUCUGGAUCUGUCCCAGGAGAGGCUCCUAGGGGGACUGCAGCACACUCGUUAUUCCCUCUGAUAAAGAAUCCUGAAGGGAUGAGAGCCAAGCACUGAUAAAAAGCCUUUUCCUCCUGGGUGCUUGAGUUUGUCCAGAUAUUCCCAGCAUUUCUUUAAGUGCUGUGGAUGUCACCUGAAAAGAGCUGCUCAAGUCAUGCUGCAUGUCCUUGCUGCCUUCCUGAGGUGGUGGCAGUGAGAAGCAGUGUCUUAGGACCGGACUACAGAUUCCCAGUUCUGGGAUAGCUUAAAGUGGGAACACACCCUGUGUGCAGGUAAGAAAGCCACAAACCAUGCUGGUACACAGGGAGCAGCUCCUUUCUGUGCUUUGGCAAGGGAAGAGUAAAGACUGACUUAAUUUAGCCCUCUGAGA